AUGAAGCCGAGCAGACGACCUCAGGAAACCGUGUUCGAAAUUGAGCAUUUCCCGGUGGGCCUGGUGGGACAGCUGGCUGAUACGGCAUUUUGUGCGGGACGACCGUGGAGCCCCGGGCGUUCACUUCAAAUCUGCAGAAUCUACAGCCACCGACUUGGAACGGGUCCAUUGGUACCAGAAGUAUUUUUGCAACAAUUCGCAGCGCGACUUCGCCGACUUCAUGACGGCGUGAUGCGGGUGCUACACGAAGCCGACGCUGAUGCGGGAAUUCUAGCAGAAUGGAUGCGUGAAAGGCACCAAGUGAAGAGGGGAUACGGAUAUGACAAAUCCCACGAAUUUCGGUACAAUUUUGUCGUCGAUGCCCAUCACAAGCGCUUCCUGGUGGCUUUUUUGCGAGAAGGACCGUGUCCCCGUUGGCCCACAUAUGGGGCUAGGUGGGACAUCGCCGAUGAGUGCUACCUUGGCGUGUAUCUCUAUAUUUUUGAGAAA